CUGAGGUGGAGGCGGAGGGAGGCGGCGGCGGCGGCGGCGGCGAAGGAGGCGGCGGCGGCGGAGGGGGGAAGAUGGCGGCGCCCGUCCUGCUGAGAGUGUCGGUGCCGCGGUGGGAGCGGGUGGCCCGGUAUGCAGUGUGCGCCGCCGGGAUCCUGCUCUCCAUCUACGCCUACCACGUGGAGCGGGAGAAGGAGCGGGACCCCGAGCACCGGGCCCUCUGCGACCUAGGGCCCUGGGUGAAAUGCUCCGCCGCCCUUGCCUCCAGAUGGGGUCGAGGAUUUGGUCUUUUGGGUUCCAUUUUUGGAAAGGAUGGUGUAUUAAACCAGCCAAACAGUGUCUUUGGACUUAUAUUUUAUAUACUACAGUUAUUACUUGGCAUGACAGCAAGUGCAGUCGCAGCUUUAAUCCUCAUGACGUCCUCCAUCGUGUCUGUGGUGGGGUCAUUGUACCUGGCCUACAUUCUGUACUUUGUGCUGAAGGAGUUUUGCAUCAUCUGUGUCAUCACAUAUGUGCUGAACUUCAUUCUUCUUAUCAUCAACUACAAACGACUAGUUUAUUUGAACGAGGCCUGGAAACGGCAGCUGCAGCCUAAGCAGGACUGACAGCCUGGCCAGCUCCGGACUGAUGGCCUGAAGUCCCCUUUUCCAUUAAGUUUAUUUUGCAGCAGGUUUUGUUUCCUUUAUUUUUAAAUUCUUCACAACAGACACUUUCCCUGAGAAUCUUAAACUGAUUUUUUAAAAUCCUGUAAAUUAGAGGGGGCCCUAGCUAUUUUGUGUCAAUCUUCAUUUUAAAUAUGGAUACAAAAAAAAAAAGGAUAUGCCGAGCCAAUCAAAGACAAGCUUUAACUUUACUUUAAAGAUGUUUCUGAAAUAAUAAAAUGUAGCCCUAGCCCCCUGCCCUUGAUUGUAAAGUGAGCAACUAUUGCUAGUAAUUCUCUAAUGUGUAUAAAUUCAAUUUCAGGUAUAACAAAUGUGAUCAUGACAUGAAAAUAUUUUAGGAUAGAUACUGUAUUAAAUAUUGCCAUGUUUACAAUAUGUAAUAUGUUUUUAGCCGAUGGAUUUAAACAUGUAGGUUCAACUAGAAUCCAUUUAUGUGAUAUUUGUAAAUAAAGGUAGAAAUAUUGGAUCCAUCCCUGCAGAACUUACUGUACAGUUUAGUUGAAGUGUAGCGAUGAAGAAUUGUCAGCUCAACGUUGACCGAAGAAAUAGGGAAAAUAGUUAAGUCCAUACAGAGCAACUUGUGAAAAGUACUGACAGCUGUGGGUCCAGCACUGACAGCAGAAAUAAUAGGGUAGUUGGUUCCCUUUCAUCUCCUUCCUCAGAAAGGAAGAAACUAAAUUUGGACAUUCAAGUCAAGCUUGUGUCUAGUCAUAAAACUGGAUUGAGUAUAACCUUACCAAAUGAAGUCAUGUGACCAGACCAUGUCCAAGGCCUUCAGGACACUAAAAAUGGGGAAAUGGGUAGAUUUCUUUGGAGAAAAGUUGGAAACAUUAAUAUGGCAUUUUUAGGUAAAGUCUCUUACAGCAGUUGAAUUUUCAUGCAGAUAUUUUUCCUUAACAUCGGUGCCAGUCGACCAAACAGUAUUAGGACCUUGAAAUAACCAGUAUAAUCCCAGUUGCUCCAGAGUAGGAUUGCUCUUGGGUAGCUCUGUAGUAUUUCCUGUUUCAUUCUGCACUAAUUGGAUAUCUAGUUCUUAACUGUUUUAGAGUCAAUAUUAGAUUUGUAAUUUUAGGGCUGACAACGCUGCUCAGUUUGCUUAAUUGGGAGUAGUACAGGUAGAAAUAUCUGAAGGUGAAAUACACUAAUGGUGUCACUACUCUUUCUAGUAACUACGCAAUGCAUAGGUUUUAAAGGUGAUUUGAAUAAACCCAAAUGAAAUGUGACAGUAUGUUUCUAUGGUUAACACCUUAUACCAGAAUGUUAAAAGUGCCUUCUGUCUUAAAUCUCAAACCAAAUAUUUUGUGUGUUGAACUUGGGCAGAAGUGUCCUUCCUUCCUCUUACCAUGAAGUAGAAAACCUGCAUCAGUCUAUACAAAGGUUCUGUACGAUCAUUUUGUUCCUUAGAUUGAGAAAUAGUAGCAAUGCUUUUGCUUCCAAUUAGAUUAAUCAUUAUGUUAAAAAUAGACCGGUAACUUUUGAGUACUUUGAUAAGCCGCCUUUUUGAAGGGAGGGGACAGGCUCUGCUCUGUACACCGUACUGUGUAGAGUCAGCAACUGUUCAGCAGUUUCCAACUAACUGUCCUAAGUGACGCAAUGUAUUUUUCUGGCCCAAGGCAGGUAUCAAAUCUGAACUGUAAUGAACUUUCAACAGGUUUUAACCAGUUUUUGUAACAGUCGAAUUCAGACUUCAAGGCUGUUUUCCCAUGAAUGUGAAUAUUUCAAUGCCUGUUUUAUUAUGUAUGUAUUGUUCUUGUUUCUAGUUAAAGAACUCUAGAAAGCAUUGAUUGGAUGUCUGGUGUUUAUGGAGAAACAAGUCGUAAUGUUGAAGAACUUGUUCAAAGAGGUCAUCUUACAGCAGUGCUUCCAGGUCUGCCAAGCAGUUUACUGGUUCAUUCUUUGAGGCUCGAGUGGAAAGGGUUAACAGUGAAGACUUCUGUGGUAUAUAUAACACUGGUUGUGCUAAAUAAGUUCCUCGUGUCCCAAUUUCAAAUGGAUUUUCAUCAGAUUCUGUAUCCAUCAGCAGAGUAUAGUUAAAGCUUGUCUUGAUGUUGUGUUCUUGCAAAUGUCUUCAACUCUCAUAUGAUAAAAUGUAAAAAUGUCCAGCCAGACCCUGCAGGGUUUUCCUUUGCUUUCCUAAGCCUUGGGGGAAACACCACUGUUUCAGUUGUACAAAAAUUGUUGCCACAUUCCUAAGAGCCCAGUAGAAUUAAUAUCUUUUUUUUUUUUCUCCUCACUGAGCGAUGAAGGUGAGCUGCCUGAAAUAACAGCAUUGUAACGCCAGUAUGUCAGUAAGUAACAGGACCCCAGCGGUGUGUUGGGUUAUUUUUGCCCUGGAAGAAUUUAGGCUCCCCUCUACAUCCUCUCUUCCACUCCAAGAAGACACCAAGCUAUAAAAUCUUAGGAUCGUUAGGACUCAUUUAGACUGGAUAUUUGAAACACUGCAGUGUUACUAGCCACCAGCGUUGAAGAACAUUGGUGGGGCGGUGGGGAGAAUUGGAUUUCUGUUUUUUGCAGUAAUCCCACGCUUCCUGGUUUUGGGAUAAGUUGUAUGUAACAAAUGAAGCCUCUUAUUUACUUGGUAGUCAUUUCAUUU